AUGCAUCGACCAAAACCUCAUAUUCGAGUUUAGUAGGAAAAAGACAUUUUGGAUGGAUUCAGUAGAUUAUAAUAAGUUUAACCUUUGAUAUAGAUUAAUCCUACUGUAGAUAAAAUACCAAAUUUGAAGAAAAUACAACUUUUGGAAGACAGAUAUAUAUAAAUAGAAAAAGAUAAUAGAUUGUUAUUAGAGAAAAUUACAAAUAUUAUGAAGAGUGAAACAACUCGUGUGGGAAGAUAAAAAAGAGUAUCAAGUUUUGAAUGUAGAAAGAAAAGUGAAUAAAGAUAAAUUUAAAGAGAAAAUCAAAUGCUGUUAUCAAAAAUAAGUAAUAAGAAAUCAUCUUAUUCCAAAAAUCAUUUUGAUAAAGAAUGGAAUAAAACCAAAUAAUAUUUUAUGAAUCUUGGAGGGUUGCGUAGUUUAAGUUCAAAAUAAAAACAAUUUAAUUAUUCAUUUUACUAUUGA